CCCGGACCGCUGCUCAACCGCUCUUCUUCCCAGGAUAGUCCCGUUAGCUGUGGGUCAAAGCCCCCUACAAAACCUCGGUGGAGGUUAAUAAGGGAGAAGAGAGGACAAAGAAGAAAGAAGAGACGUUGAAGGCGCAGCGGGAGGAGCGCCAUUACAUUCUGCUUUCACCGCUAAUAAAGAAGGUAGCAUCCCUUCUGUUUAUCGCCGGAACAACAGACUGUCUCACGGACAAGGAGCACCGAGAGAGAGAGAGAGCCGUCCGGACCCGCUUCGUUGACUCUCUUUGUCCCUGUGGCUGUGUGGAGUUAAUUUAGAGAUGUCUGAUGUGACGAUGCUGCUGUUAGUGCCAGUCCUGUGUAGCAUCAUCAGCACCUCCAGCGCUGCAUCCUCAGCACCCAGGAAGUGUGAGGACAGCAUUGCCACUCCUCUCCCCUUCAGCUCUUUUACCUCUUCAUCAGUGUUUGCCCGAGGAUAUGAAGCUGGUUAUGCCAAGCUGAACAGGAAACAAGGUUCUGGAGGCUGGUCGCCAAUGGAAACCGAUCAUCAACAGUGGUUACAGGUGGACCUGGGUUCAAGAAAGCAGGUGGUUGCCAUAGCCACGCAGGGUCGCUACAGCAGCUCUGACUGGACGAGCAGAUAUCGUCUGUUUUACAGCGACACCCAGAAAAACUGGAGGCCUUAUUUACAGGAUGGAAACAUCUGGACGUUUGAUGGUAAUGUAAACAGUGAGGGUGUAGUAAGGCAUGAGCUGCAGCAUCCCGUCCUGGCUCGCUACAUCCGCUUCAUUCCAGUGGACUGGAGCCGGGAGGGGCGCAUUGGAGUACGCCUGGAGCUCUACGGCUGCUCAUAUUGGGCAGACGUGAUCAGCUUCGAUGGCCAUGGCGUCAUCGCCUACCGCUUCAGAAGUAGGAAAAUAAAGAUUAUUAAGGAUAUCAUCACUCUAAAGUUCAAAACCACAGCUGGAGAAGGAAUCCUACUUCACGGGGAGGGGCAGCAGGGAGACUACAUUUCCCUGGAGCUCCGCAGGGCAAGACUACAGCUCAGCAUCAACCUAGGAAGUAACCAGUAUGGUUCUAUUCAGGGUCACACCACUGUGACCAGUGGCAGCUUACUGGAUGAUGAUCACUGGCACUCAGUUGUUAUUGAGCGUUACCGUAGAAAUGUCAACUUCACCCUGGACCAUCACACUCAACAGUUCAGGACUAACGGAGAGUUUGACCACCUGGAUCUGGACCAUGAGAUCAGUUUUGGAGGACUGCCUGUUUCGGUGAAACCAAGCACAGGAGGAAGAGAAAAUUUUAAGGGCUGCAUGGAAGGAAUCACCUACAACGGGGAUAACAUCACCAACCUGGUCCGACGGAAGAAAGUGGAUGUCUCCAGCUUUCGUAACCUCACUUUCUCGUGUGCUGAGUCCAAUUCCUUCUCUGUCUUCUUCAACUCCUCAUCCUUCCUGCGGCUCCCGGGUCAAAGUGACAGUGACACACUGUCAGUCAGUCUGUCUUUCAGAACCUGGAACCCCAAUGGGCUGCUGAUGUUCACAGAACUUGCCUACGGCUGGGUGGAGGUGGGACUGACAGAGGGGAAGGUUACUGUCCACGUGAACGUGACACAGAGGCCAAACACACGCAUUGACAUCUCAUCAGGCUCAAGUCUGAAUGACGGCCAGUGGCACAGCGUACAUCUGAAUGCUUUAGAGUACUACGCUAUGCUGACAGUCGAUGGAGACGAAGCAUCCACGGUCAGAACUGCCAUUCCCAUUCAAAUCCAGACUGGAGGAACCUACUACUUUGGAGGCUACUUCCUCCCCACCAACAGCCGAUCACUGCAGCGCUCCUUCCAGGGCUGCAUGCAGAUGAUCCAUGUAGAUGACCAUCUAGCUGACCUCAAAGCUGUGGAGCAGGGCCUCAUUGGAAGCUUUGAAAAUGUCAGCCUGGAUAUGUGUGCCAUCAUAGACAGGUGUGUUCCUAACCACUGUGAGCACGGCGGUCGCUGCUCACAGACAUGGGAUGCGUUUAGUUGCAACUGCAGUGGCACUGGCUACACUGGAGCCACCUGCCAUACCUCUAUGUAUCAGCAGUCCUGCGAAGAGUACAAGCACCAGGGGAAGAGCUCAGGGAGCUACUGGAUCGACCCAGAUGGCAGUGGAAAUGUCGCCCCCUUCAGAGUUAACUGUGACAUGACAGAGGAGAAGGUUUGGACCACACUGAGGAACAACCUGUCCCCUCAAACAUCAGUGACCAGUGCAGACAAGGAUGGAAAGGCAGUCCUGCAGAUCACCUAUAAUGUGACUGAUGAACAGGUUUUGUCCGUCACCAGCAGUGCCGGAUACUGUGAACAGUUUGUAGCGUAUGCCUGUCGAACGUCUCGACUGCUCAACACUCCAGAUGGUGUCCCAUUUACCUGGUGGGUUGGAAGAGCCAAUGAGAGACAUUUUUAUUGGGGGGGUUCGGGACCGGGAAUACAGAAGUGUUCCUGUGGUAUUGAACACAACUGCACUGACCCCAAGUACUUCUGCAACUGUGAUGCUGACCUGCGCUCCUGGAGGGAAGAUGCAGGCCUGCUGGUGUACAAAGACCAUUUACCAGUCAGUCAGGUUGUUGUUGGAGACACAAGCAGAGCUGGAUCUGAGGCCAAACUGACAAUAGGACCACUGAGAUGCCAAGGAGAUCGGAACUACUGGAACGCAGCGUCCUUCAGCAGUCCUGCCUCCUAUCUGCACUUCCCUUCUUUUAGAGGAGAAACCAGCACUGACAUCUCUUUCUACUUUAAGACUUCCUCCACCCAUGGUGUCUUUCUGGAGAACCUUGGAACAACAAAUUUCCUUCACAUAGAACUCAGAGGAGGCUCUGUAGUCGUUUUCUCCUUCGAUGUGGGCAGUGAACGUGUGGAGCUCAGUGUCCACUCACCGAUUCUUUUAAAUGAUGACCAGUGGCAUCGUGUGGAGGUGGAAAAGAACAUCAAGGAGGCGGUGCUGCGACUUGAUGGACAGUACAGGGAGGUGAGACCCACCCCCCCUCAGGGACACACAAAGAUGGAGUUCUACAGUGAGCUCUAUGUUGGUGCCUCCAGUGGGCAGAGGGGUUUCCUGGGCUGCAUGCGGGCCUUGAAGAUAAACGGUGUGACCUUUGACCUUGAAGGGAGGGCAAAGGUGACUCCUGGAGUGAACCCAGGCUGCUGGGGUCAUUGCAGCAGCUACGGGAUGCACUGCAGGAAUGGAGGGAAGUGUGUGGAGCAGUAUAACGGAUAUUCCUGUGACUGCUCUCUUACUGCGUAUGAUGGACCCUUCUGCACUGAUGAUGUUGGUGGUUACUUUGAGACAGGAACCCUGGUCCGCUAUGACUUCCUGCCGGAGGUGGGGUCUUUUUCUUUGCCGGACUUGAGGGGCUCACCAGGAGUCAGUGUUCCAGUUGAGUCAAAUCUUACCCAAGAGGAGCUGGUGUUCAGCUUCAGCACCUCCAGUGCUCCCAGCAUCCUGGUCUACAUCAGCUCCAGGACUCAGGACUAUAUGGCUGUGGUGCUCAGGCACAAUGGCACUCUCCAGAUCCGCUACAGUCUCGGUGGGCUAACAGAACCGUACACCAUAGAUGUUGACCACCGGAACAUGGCCAACGGACAGCCACACUCCGUCAACAUAUCUAGAAACGAAAGGGAGAUACGACUACAGCUGGACCACUAUCCAGUGUCCACAUACACUCUACCUGAGACCUCUGACAUUCAGUUCAACAUGAUCAAAAGUAUAUUUCUUGGAAAAGUCUUUGAAACAGGCCAAAUUGAUCCCAUCCUGAUUGAGCGAUACAACACGCCCGGCUUUGUCGGCUGUCUGUCAAGAGUUCAGCUGAACAGCGUGGCACCACUGAAAGCUGCGCUGCGUUCAGGCAUGGCAGCCCCUGUCAGCACCCAUGGGAUCCUGGUGCCAUCUAACUGUGGAGCCUCACCGCUGACCAUCUCCCCCAUGGCCUCCGCAAGUGACCCGUGGCACUUAGAAGCUGCUGGAGCUGGUUUCCCCUUUAAGGAGGAUCGGGUCAGUGGGGAUAAAGUGGACAGAAACUCUGCAAUAAUUGGAGGAAUCAUCUCCAUGGUGAUCUUCAUUGUCCUUGGGAUCAUGGUGUUUGUGAUCCGCCACCUGUUCCGUCAUAAAGGCUCCUAUCACACCAACGAGGCCAAGGGCGCUGAGUCAGCAGACUGUGCCGACGCUGCAAUCAUCGUCAACGACCCUGCCUUUACCGAAACCAUCGACGAGAGCAAGAAGGAAUGGUUCAUCUGAAGCCCUCUCACCAACAUGGACUCAUGACGUUAGGAUGUAUGUAGUUUUCUAAGCAUAGGUUGUAGUUGUAAGGGGACCACCUGCAAAAACCUUGAGGAUGUAGUGAAUGGUUUAUUCUUUAAAUUUUAUGGACAUCAUGGCAUCACAGCGUGGAUAUUAAAGCACAGUGCUGCAGGGCAGAGCCUGAGGAGAUGUGAACGGUUUAUUUGAACUAUUUUACAGAGGACGGUGGGAUGACGGCCUCAGCUGGUGUAGAUUAUGAUGCCAUGAGAAUACAGGCCUUGGAUGAGUGAAUGUGUCCACAAUCUUUUAUUUUUUUGUAUUAUUUUCUCUAUUUCAGUUCACAGUUUAUUUAUUUAUUUAUUUAUAUUUAAGUAAUAUAUAUUUUUUCAUAAAAGCUCUUAUUUUUGUUUUCAUCAGUAUUUAAAGAUGCCUUUGUGUAAUUCGCUUUUAUAUCAUUGCAUCAUCAUGGUAAUGAUCAUUAAUCCAUUACCACAAUAAUCCCCUAUGCCUGUAGCAAUGCUCAAGAAUCCCUUUUUAAGACGUAUAAACCUUAUUUUCAGUCAUUUGCCUUAUUUCACAGUCGUUACAAUAAAGCUUGGUUUUAGCCUUAAGACAGAAGAACCUAGGGUGUGUGUGGGUGGGUGUGUGAGGUGUGUGUACUACCUGGCAUGCUUGUCUGUAAAGGAGAUGUAGCCAUGACUUCGGACUGAGAACAAGGAGAAGGAAAGUGUCACACCUCAAAUUAUUUUUGCAUCUGCAAGCUUAUAAUGUUUCCAAAAUGUGUUGCAGCUUUGUUUAUUUAUUUAUUUCUAUUUUUUUUUUUUUACUUUCUAUGGCUGCAUCUUUAAUUUUUUGCUUAUUUUGGUGCCAAAUAUGUUCAGGGGUGAGUUCAGCUCCUAAAGAUUGAACUGUUUCCUGCCUUGAGCUCCACGCACUGUUUUGUUACUGUCAGUCACGGGGUAAAGUUUUUGUUUUUGUUUUUUUUUUUAAUUGGCAAAUCACAGUUAUACGACAUGUUUGUUUGAUAAAAGGGUACCACGUACUGUAAAGAUCUUUCUACAUAACAGUGAAUGGGUUUGAAGUCUGAUCAGGUUCAGUGUCGUUUAUCUGCCGUAGAGACUGACGUAGCUUUGAGCAAACACUGGAAGCAGGGGAAACUGUUAGCUUAGCUCCAUACAAAAGUGAACAAUGUUCAACAUGAACUAAAAGCCCAUCCUGACUGAAUGCCCCGUCUCAUUAACUCGCCUGCUGUUGCUGCAAACAGAGGCAGACUUUGAUUAGAGGCUUUAAUGGAGAAAGUUCCCUCAUGUUGGCAGAGACCGGCUGUCCCACAAAGUUAAUAAGGUUGUCAUUGUUGUUGAUUCUAGGAAUGGGUCAUAAUUAUUGAAAUUCAAAUAGUCUACAUUGAUCAUAAUUAGGGCUGUCAAAAGACUGUAAUCACAACAAACUACAGAAUUUCUGUAGUUAAUCACAAUUCAUUGCACCCUUUCUACCGCAUUUCAGAUUUCCAGUAUUUUGCAUUUUACACUAGCCUGUUGUCAUCUUUGAUUUUAUUUAAACUAAGGGGGAUUGACUUCCUGUUUGGAUACAGAACUGCUCUUAUAACAUGAACCGAACCACAGCAAAAAGGACUUGUUAUGGGUUCAAAAUAACAUCAGAAAUAAUUAUAAGAGCUCAGAUGACAUCUGACUCAGGCUGUCAAAAGACUGAGAUUUUUAAUUGCAAUUAAUCUCACUUUGUAGUUAACCCUUUGGAUCAUAUUUUCUAAUUCCAUUAUUUUGCAUUUAGAACAGUUUUCAUGUCAUUUUGGGUUUUCUGCCAUCUUGAACUAAGGCUGAUUGACUUCCUGUUUGGGUACAGUGAAAAUGAGACAUGAAGAAGACGCAGCGGUGGACAUCUUUUACAUCACUGUGGGAGCAGGGAGAGGCUGAUGUGAAUUAACCAAAGUUUACUGAAAGGGAUAAUAAAGCGUGCGAUUAAUUGCGAUUUUGAAAAAAUAGUGCACUAAUAUUUGGCCAUAAUUAAUCACAAUUAUCUUAAUUAAUCCUGACAGCCCUUAUCAUAACUGAAGUUUAUUGAACUGUUUAAUUAAGAACAUAUUUUUCCAGUAUUUUAACCAGCAAAUGGUUGUAUUGCAAUACUGCAGCCAAAGACUGAAGGUUGUGUGUGUGCUGACCACUGUUAACAAGACAGGAGACUUCAGUGAUAGUGACACGACUGUAGCGCACCAACAUUAAUACAUAAAAGAUCAACUGGUCUGGCAUCAGGACCCACCACCACCUCGUUUUGAGGAAUCCCAGUCCAAAGUUUUAAAAAUGUCUAACCUUUCAAACCUAAAUAGAACAAACAUGUUUAAACGUAGAGAUGGGUGGGAUGUUAAAAAGGUAGACCGUUAUAGAAAGACAUGUAUACAUCUGAUUUUACUCCUUUUUUCCCAAGACAGCAUGGAAAUUUGGUAAUUUCUUGAAAAAAAUACUAAUCUUGUGAAAACCUGCUUUUUUAUCUGGGUUCUUUCUUUACUUUAUGGGACAGAGGGAGCAAGUCUAGAUGAUUUUUUAAAAUCAUGAUUAGUAACAUCACAGAAGACAGUGUUCUAGGGAAACCCUUAAAAAUAAAAAAAUCAAGAGGAUCUGCUAAUCUUUGAGGAAAAAAAAGUCAAAAUUUUUGAGAGAAAAAUUGAAUUUUUAGGUUAUAGAGUUGUAUAUUUGCAAGAAAAAAAAAUCCAAGUGUUAACUGCCUGAGACCUGAGCUUUUGUUUGGAAACUUCUUGUAGUUUCUCCCAAUUAUUUGGGAUAAGUUAGACACGAUAAGUUAAAAAUCUACAUUGUUUUUAGACAGGAAUUUCUUAGAAAUUUUCGAUCCCAAAAUUCAAACAAAUUCCCUAAAAUUUUAAAUAAAUUACCUAAAAUAUCUAUGAAAAUUCUUUCAACACUUUUAAAGUAUCCCAAAAAAAUUACCCCAAUAUUUCUUUCAACAAUCCUCAAAUCUUUAAGUGAAAUUUUGUCAUAAAGCUAAAACAUUCCAAUAAAAAUGUCACCCCAAAAAUCCCAUUACAAAUUCCCCAAAAAAUUUCAUUGCAAAUUCAAAAAAAAAAAAAAAAAAAAAAAUACAAAUGCAGUCUUCAAAAUUCCAUGAAAAUGCCUGAAACCCCCAUCAGUCAAUGGACAUUUGGAUAAUAAUCCCAAAUAUUCUAAUAGCAGAGAUCAUUAAGACAAGAUGUGAUGUCCUCAUAUAUGCAUGCAGGGUCUUAGGAGGUUGAAAAUUUAAAAUAUUAACCCUAAAAUGUCAAGUGUUUAAAGUCAUAAAUUCACAACCGUUUUCAGUCAAAACUUCAUCAGAAACCUAACUGAAAAUGCUGUUUGGAUAACCCCAGUUGACAAAUUUAAACUUAAAAUUUUGCAUAUUGUCUCGAAAGUUAACAGAUCUUCUUUUUAAGAGUGGCCCUUAUAUGCCAUCAUAAUAUUGGAUAGUUUAUACAUAGAUCUAGAUGGGAUUAUUAUGGUCGGAUUUGUCAGUGAAAACAGUUGAAAGAGGGUCCAUGGUAGGUUUAGCUUUCCUCAGAUACAAGUCGGAGGGUCUCUUGGGAAAAAGGCCAUUGUCCACCCCAAUAUAUCCGGCACGUCUUUUUAACUUGCAGGCUUCACUUCAUGGAGAAAAGCUGUUAAAGAGGCCCCACUAGCUACGUAGCUCAUGGAUAGUUCACCCCAUUCAAGUAAUACGAGCAGCUUCACCGUAGAUAGCAGGCAGGGAUAACUAGCUAUGAACCAGUGAUUGAAAUAAUUUGCCAAAAUUAUCCUUAAGUUAAUUGUAUAGGUGCAUUCCUAUUCCUAUCCAUCCCAGGAUGCAUUGGGAUGCAAAUCAGCAUCAAGCUGAACCGCUGGUUUUCACAUCACCUGUUAUGGAUGUUAAGGUGCAAACAGGGUCAGAGAUACAAACUAAAAAACUGUGAGCAAGUGUGUGACAGGCAGCAGCAGCUUAGAUUUCUGUGAAAGAGUCAGACUCGUCUUAAAUCUGACAUUAAUGUAGAAAAAUUCUUAAUGACAAUAGAAAAGCAUCAGCCAUGUUUUAGAAUGAAUCCUGUAUUUUCAUUAGAGAU